CGGUUCCCGGCACGCCUCCGGCACUGCCCCAGGUGCGGCGGGACGGGUGGGGCCGUGGGGAGGUGGCCUUGACCGCGGCUCCGACUCCCCGCCCUGUCCGCCAGCUUGUGCCGGCCGCGCCCCAGGACCGCUCGCAGAGCCGCCGCACCGGCCUCAGCGCCCGAGCCCGCGCAGCGCACCAACCCGGCCGCCGCAGUCUGACUAAACCAUGGCGAUGACUCCCGCUGCUGCCUUUGAGGCCCUCAUGGAUGGAGUGACAAGCUGGGAUGUCCCCAAAGGCCCCAUCCCCAGCGAACUCCUUCUGAUUGGAGAGGCCGCCUUCCCAGUGAUGGUGAAUGACCGGGGCCAGGUCCUCAUUGCUGCCUCCUCCUAUGGUCAAGGCCGCCUCGUGGUUGUGUCCCACGAGGGCUACCUGCUGGAUGCUGGGUUGGCCCCCUUUCUUCUCAAUGCUGUGCGCUGGCUCUGCCCCUCACCGGGGGCUCACGUGGGAGUGCACCCAUCCCUGGCAUCACUAUCAAACAUCCUGCAGGGCUCUGGGGUGGAGGCACAGAUUCGGCCAGAACUGAGAGAACCCCUGGGCGUUUAUUGCAUCAGUGCCUACAGUGACGCCAUGGCUGCAGAGCUGGUCCAGUUUGUGAAACGUGGAGGGGGCUUGCUUAUCGGGGGCCAGGCCUGGUACUGGGCCAGUCAGCAUGGUCGUGACAAGGUGCUGUCCAAGUUCCCCGGGAACCAGGUGACCAGUGUGGCCGGAGUGUACUUCACUGACACGUGUGGGGACAGAAGCCGGUUCAAGGUCUCCAAGAAGGUGCCCAAGAUCCCGCUCCAGGUCAGCUGCGGUGAGGCUCUCGGGCAGGAUCAGCAGCAGCUCCUGGAAGGCAUCUCGGAGCUGGACGUCAGGACGGGGGGAAUCCCUUCCCAGCUGCUGGUCCACGGGCCCCUGGCCUUUCCGCUGGGCCUCGAUGCCUCUCUGGGCUGCUUCCUGGCAGCUGCCCGCUAUGGCCGGGGCCGGGUGGUCCUGGCUGCCCAUGAGGGCAUGCUCUGUGCUCCCAAGCUGGGGCCUUUUUUGCUCAAUGCUGUGCACUGGCUGGCCAGAGGCCAGACGGGCAAAAUUGGGGUGAACACACGUCUUAAAAACCUGUGUGCCCAGCUGUCGGAGUGUGGCCUGGAAUGCAGUCUGGAGCCCCAUCUGACGGGUGACUUGUGUGUCUACUGCUGUGCGGCUUACAGUGACACGGAGGCCACGCAGCUGCGAGAGUUUGUGGCCGAGGGCGGGGGCUUGCUGAUCGGGGGCCAGGCCUGGUGGUGGACCUCCCAGAACCCCGGCCACUCCCCUUUGGCUGGUUUCCCUGGUAACGUCAUCCUCAACUGCUUUGGCCUCAGCAUCCUAGCUCGAACUCUGGACCCAGGCUGUUUCCCUGUCCCUACCCCUGAGAAGCGGAGCUACCACUUCCGCAAGGCGCUGUCUGAAUUCCAGGCUACCUUGAACCACAGGGGUGGGAACUUGGAAAAGAGCUGGCUGGCAAAACUGAGAGCAGAUGGAGCAGCCUUCCUACAGAUCCCUGCAGAAGGGGUCCCUGCUUAUGCAUCUCUGCAUCGGCUCCUGAGGAAGAUGCUGCGUCUGUCAGGCCUCCCAGCUGUGAGCCGGGAGAACCCAGUGGCCAGUGACUCCUGUGAGGCUGCGGUGCUCUGCCUGGCCACGGAGCUGGCGCGCUCUGGGACCGACUGCUCCCAGCUGGUGCAGGGGCAUGGAACCGGGUCCUGCAGCUCCAAUCCACACCCCCCGGAACAUCCCAUCACGGUGGAGAUUGAUGGAAGCAACCCAGGCGGUGAUGAUUCCUGGGUGAGUACAGGGCUCUACCUCCAAAAUGGACAAAGUGCGGAAAUCUCCUUGUCUGAAGCUGCGACCUCUGCUGGCCUGAAGGUGCAGAUUGGCUGCCACACCGACGACUUGACAGGUGCGAGCACGCUGUCUCGAGCUCCGGUGGUGACUCACCAGUGCCUCAUGGACAGGACCAAACGGUCGGUCUCCUGCCUCUGGGGUGGUCUCCUCUAUGUCAUUGUGCCCAAGGGCAGUAAGCUGGGCCCUGUGUCUGUCACCGUCCAGAGGGCUGUGCCUGCCCCGUGUUACACGUUGGGGAAGACAUCCUUGGACGAGUGGAGGAGCUGCAUCCAGGAGAGCCUGGCUCCCUGGGGAGAGCUGGCCACAGACAGUGUCAUCCUGACGGUGCCAACUGCAGCCCUCCGGGCCCUGGAGGACCCAGAGCCCGUGCUCCGCCUCUGGGAUGAGAUGAUGCGGGCCAUAGCCAGGCUGGCAGCCCAGCCCUUCCCCUUCCGCCGUCCAGAGCGGAUUGUUGCCGACGUGCAGAUCUCCGCAGGCUGGAUGCAUUCAGGCUACCCCAUCAUGUGCCACCUGGAGUCGGUGCAGGAACUCAUCAGUGAGUCGGGCAUGAGAAGCAGAGGUCUGUGGGGACCCAUCCAUGAGCUGGGCCACAAUCAGCAGCGGCACGGGUGGGAGUUCCCCCCGCACACCACUGAGGCCACCUGCAACCUCUGGUCAGUCUAUGUGCAUGAGACAGUCCUGGGCAUCCCCAGGGCUCAGGCCCACCCAGCUCUGAGCCCUCUAGAGCGAGAGAAGAGGAUCAGAACCCACCUGGGAAAGGGAGCCCCGCUGCGUGACUGGACCGUGUGGACAGCUCUGGAAACCUACCUCCAGCUCCAGGAGGCCUUUGGGUGGGAGCCGUUCACCCAGCUCUUUGCCGAGUACCAGACGCUCUCUGACCUCCCCAAGGACAACACUGGCAAGAUGAAUCUGUGGGUGAAGAAGUUCUCUGAAAAGGUGGGGAAGAAUCUGGCUCCUUUCUUUGAGGCCUGGGGCUGGCCUGUCCAGGAGGAUGUGGCGGCUCGCCUGGCCUGUCUGCCUGCCUGGCAGGAAAACCCCGUGAAAUCCUACACACCUUGCAGAAAGGAGUGAAGAAGUAUAAAAAUGCUCCCUUUGAAGCGGAUCUUUGGGAGUUUCUGUCGUGGGUUCCCGUCGUCGUCUUUUCUCUACUCACCGUGGGUGGGCUGCAGUGCACCAUGCGCCUGGCCAGCGGAAACACAAGCCAGCUUCCCACUGAUGGUGAAGAGAACCCACUGUCACCGAGGCCUUUGCCUCUAAGAAUCCCUGAGUCUUUCUGGCAAGGCUGACCACCAGUAGUUCUUUGGCUCUUCUUCACAGUCUCUGUUUGAAGAUCCCUUUCCCCUCCCCUUCCCCCUAUCCCCCCAUCUGCCCUUCCUGUCCCCUAUCCCCUUCCCCUAUCCCCUUCC